AUGCCGAACAUCGAAAUGGAUCUCGAUGUAAAAGUGCGGACUGAGGAUACACUAUUCUUCAGCUGGUUAAAUUGUCCAUGGUAUAAAAAAGAGUUUCUCGAAAGAGAAACCAAGGAAAUUUCAAUGAUGAAACAAAAAGAUGUAUCGAAAGCCCUUUUCAAGGAUCUGUCGGAUUAUACAGGGACUCAAUUUAACAGUACCAUUCAGGGUUGCCUGCUGUAUAACUAUCUUCGUGCAAAGGAUCUGGUUCUUCUGGGGAAUAAGCUCCUGACCGACUCGGAUAGUAUGAAGCGCCUGACUGGAGGUACCCACAUCAAACAAUUCUUGAACAAUGUUGACAAUUACGUGAAGGGUAAUGAGCAAAGGAGAGUAUUUGUGUACGUGGGAAGUGACGUUCACCUAACCGGACUUCUAGCUGCUCUGCAGGUUUAUGACUUCCAGCAUAUUCCUAAUUACGGCAGUUUUGUCACAUUGGAGUUGCACAAGAUGCGGAAUAAAUUUUAUGUCAAGGUGUUGUACAACAAUGGCACACCUCUGAAAAAAACAUCUGUUCAGCUGACUAUUCCUGGCUGUGAAACGACUUGUCCACUAUCACAAUUCCAAAGAAUUUUGAAGAGAUCUACAUUCGAAAAUUUCCGUGAAGACUGCAGGGAUCAAGGUGGAUUUGUAGCCCGACGAGCGGAUAGUGGAAAUGGGGCGGUGAGGGGAUUCGAGACAACAACCGAGCAAGGUAGUAGGGAGGGGGAAGUUCGACAGUAG